UUUAUAGCAUAACUUCACAUUAUUUCAGUUAACUACUAUGACUCUGACUGAGCUUGGGACCCUAAUCUCGACAGUUGUCAGUUUUGUGCGAGGUCCAUUUGUGAAGCAAAGAAAUUAAAGCAUGCCAUAAUUUAAGGUAAUCUGCAAGUUCAUGUUUCUACAGCAGCAACAGCUGGUUAUCCAACAAUUAAAACUCAAAAUACAGUUUCAGUUAUUUUCAAUUCGCAGUACAAGUUUAACCAAAAAAGAACAAAAAUAUCAUGAAGUGAAAAGCAUAAACUAAAUUUUUUGCCAUGCUAGUUAUAAUCUUAUGGGCAUUUACAAUUGAGGUAAAGAAGGGUAAGGUACAGUUUUUGGACUCGACGAGAUUUUAUAUUCAUUGGGUUGGUGUCUCUCUGUGUGGCAAAUAGCUAGUGUUGUGAUGGGUGAACGAUUGUUAUGGAGUUCAACUCUCCGGCAGUAUUUAAAGCCAUUUACAUUGACAAGUGCAAGGUAAUUAGCUGACUUUAAAUAGUUCAUGAUGAUGCUUUAGAUAUAGGCCUAAGAAUGAGGACAAAUAAUUGUAGUAGUACGGUGUUGAUUCUGUACACAAAUCUAGACCUAAGAAUUAGGAGGAAUAAUUCUCUCUAAAAUUGCUAUAGCUGCAAACGAUAAGAAAAUAUAACAAGAUCCUAAAUCUAGUUGUACAAAUCAGAAUUGUGUGAUUCUAAUUUCACUAUCAUUGACAGACAUGACCUAUUUCCCAAAUUGUAGGAUCUUUCAUCCAGGGCCAUCUCUAGGCCAUGUACAUUAUUCCACUCUGUGAGCCUCCAAUGAAUCUCUAUAUUCAAAUAAAGAUGAGGGAAUACAUUUAUUAUUUUAGAGAAAAUGUUUGCAGGAAUGUCUUAUCGUAUGAGCUUUUAAGCAAGGCAGUAGGAGAAAUCAAUUUUAUUAUAUAACUCUAAUGCCAGCGUAAAUGUCACCACAUAACUGUAGCCCUUAAAAAUACUUUGUUUGUGCUUUUUAUUUUAUUCCUAGUUUCAUAUGAAAUAGAUGAUGACUAGCAAAUUAAGAACACGUGCAUUGGGGAUGCAGGCAAUUGUAACCAACUUGAGCAUGGCCAAUGAAAUCAGAAUAUCGUCAUUUCAGUAAAAUGCUGUAUUCUUUUCUGAUUAUUCUAUGCAAACAAUUAUUUUUCUCUUUGAUAGAAUCUCCUUGCUUCUGCUCUACUAUCCAAGCGCUCAGCGUCUUUUCUCCAUGCUUAGCCUUUUUAAUCUGUUUGAUAGCAGUUCUAUUCUGUUUUGACCGUUAUUGCUUCUUUUUCUUUUAUAUAGUGUCUUUUGCCUUCCACUUGGCAGGAUGUAAUUAUAAAUUCAUGAAUAAUAUUUCUUCUUCUCUUACUCCUUUCAUCUCUUUUUCUCUCCUACCUAUUCUGUUUGUCAAACCCCUGCAAUACCAUGUUCUGCGGAAUUUGUUUGUUCUUGAUUUACAGUUUUCAACCAUCCUUGCACUACCAUGUUGUGAAGAACUCAGCUUACUAGGGGUUCAAUCCACCCAGAAUAACAACGAUGAUUUCUCCACCAGUAAUGGUGCUCCCCCUGAUAGAACUGCAACCAACAGCCUAUUGUACUCGCAUUUCUAAGGUGGAAUUCCAUCGGUUUGAUGGUAAGAAUAUUAAAGAAUGGUUGUAUAAGUGCACUCAGUUCUUUUCUGUGGAUGGCACAACAGAAACUUCUAAGCUCAACGAUUUGGUGAAGUUUAUGAUGACCCACUCAAUGUUCUAAUUCAAGUGAAACACACAGGCAAGAUACAGGAAUAUGUGGAUGAUUUCGAGCUAGCCUUAGGCAGCCCUUCUUGCUGAGUGCUCUUUGAGCAUAUUCUUCUGUACUCAGGAACAUGAAACCCAGAUGAUAUUCAAGAUUAUAUUAACCAUAACCUAAGAAAUAUGAUGAUAAUGCACCUACAUAGUUGGAGACAACUGCAAAUUAGUGCCAAAUUUUAUGAAAAUAAAGAUUUGAGUCUUAUUGACUAACUAUUAAUCAAUCUUUAACAAAAAGUGUCUUCUUGAAUGGAAUUGUGUCAUGUCAUACGUAAUUGAGGGUUGGGUUUUUCUAUUGUUUUAUUGACAUCACUUAUCUUGUUUAUUAAUUUCUAACAUUUGAAAAAAAAAAUUACCUCUGUUUCAGUAAUUUUAGAACUGAGCUGAAAAUGGAAGAGCCUACACACCGAACAUGGAUGUAUGCUAGGCUGCUUCCUAGACGAAAAGGUUAUAGAAAAAUUUUUUUAGAAGGUGUCAAAGAGUUUAUUGAUUUUGCUUGUCGACAACCACAAUAUUUGAAUGAAGGUGUGAUAAGGUGUCCAUGUAAGGUAUGUAAAAAUGAAAAGGAUUUAGUCCCAAGCACAGUAAAUACUCACAUUCGUGAGGAAGGGUUUGCACCAAAAUAUUGGUACUGGACGUUCCAUGGAGAGAAAGUUCCUCAUAAUAAAGAUGAUGUUGAAAUGAAUUCUAUGAGUAAAAAUACAUCAGAGUUGUCUGCUGCUAUUACAAUGUUAAACAUGUCACAAGCUUGCUUCGAUGAUCAACCUCAACUCAUUCAAACUCAACCUCAACCUCAACCUGAGUCUAUUCAAUCUCAUUCUCUAGCUCAGUCUCAAUUUCAUUCCACCCAACCAACUCAACCUCCAAUCCAAUCACAAUGUCAUGGCACCCAACCUACACAACCUCAACCUCAAAACCAAUCUGAACACAUACCUACCAAAGUCCUUCAUUUGGAAGAAUAUCCAAUGGUCAAUAAAGCCCAAACUUCUUCAUCUAGUCAAGUCAGUGAAGGCAAUACUGGAAACAAAAUCAUGAUACUCCCAGAAGGGGAUGGGUUUGAUCAACAUAAGUUGGUGGUUCGAACAAUUGCUUCCAUCAUUCGUACUAACUUGGAGGAGGCAAAACCAUCAUGGAAACAAUUAUCUCUAGGUCAAAGGAAUUUGUGGUUUAAUAUAUUUAAAUCAAAGUUCACAUGGCCACCUCAAUACAAGGACAUGGUGCGACGCAACUUUGAGAAGAGGGGUUCAGCUAAAAUGACUCAAUUAAUGCAAGAUGUUCGGAAAAAUUUAAAUCAAAAACCAACUUGGAUGGAAAAUGAUGUGUGGGAACUAUUGAAAGAACAUUGGGGUUCCUCAAAUUUUAAACAAAAGUCUGAAAUAAAUAAAAGAAAUCGUGAGUCUAUGGAUGGUGCAUCACUUCACACCGGAGGAUCAAUUCCUCAUCGUUUGCAUUGGAAGAGAAUGAAAGAGGCAAAAGGGACAGAUCCAUCAUUGGUGGAGUUUUAUUUUCGUACUCAUCGAAAGAAAAAAGAUCAAAGUUGGGUGGGUCCUCAUGCAGAAUCCGUUUAUGAUAAAUUUUUAAAGAAGAAGUUUGAGUUGUCUUCGAUGAGUUCAAAAGUUAUAUCGGGGGAGGAGGUUGCUGAUAGUCAACCAACUAAAGAUCAAAUGCCAUCUGAUUUCGAUGUUUGGGUAGAUUCAGUUGGAAAGAAAAAGGGGAGGAUCUUUGGCCUUGGAACCGUAGGCAACGCAUUAUUUACAUCCUCAAGUCAACCAUUGAAGCUUUCUGCCAAUUCAGAGGAGGUUGAUAUUUUAAGAAAUCAAAUCCAAGAAUUAAAUGAUUCACUGCGAAGACAAGAGCAAGAGAAACUAAAUAUGAGACAGGAGUUGACUCAGACCAAAAAACAAGGAUCCAUAGGCAAAACAUUAUUAACAUCUCCUAGUCAACCGAUGAAGCUUUCUGCAAAUUCAGAGGAGAUUGAUGAACUAAGAAAUCAGAUUAAGGCAUUAAAGGAGUCUUUACAAAUACAACAACAAGAAAAACUAGAAAUGAAGCAGGAGUUAAUUCAGACCAAAAAACAAGUAUUUGCUUUAAUGCAGCACUUAGGAUUUUUUGGUUCUUCAACAGUUCCAUCGUCAUCACCUCAACACAGCAGUAUAAAUGAGGACAAUGGUAGUGACACUGUUAGUGAUCAUAUCCAGUAGAGUUAUAUUUGAUAUCUUGCUACAUUCUCUUAAGGUCAUGGUCUACUCAGAGCCAUAGUGUACUUCAGCUUCUUGCUAGAUCAUGUAGAAAACCUUUACUUUUUCUUUGUUCAUUGACGUAUGUAAACAGCACUUUGUCAGACUGUCAUUAGAUUCAUUCUUUGGUAUGACAGUAGACCUUGGGCUUAGUAUAUUUUUCAAUACUGGCUCAAUGAUGGAGAGAGGAUCUCAAGUAGCAUUUUUUGUCGCCGAAAUUGGCUAUUCGAAUUGGAUCAUUUCUUUGUGCAGAGUGCUCCUGCUGUUGUAACCAAAUUCACAUGGCUAAUUCAACAUUUUUCUCUUUUCUCUCA